AUGGUGUUCAAGGAAAUGAAUUCCAGAGCCCAGGUCGAUCUGAUGGACCUGCAGUCUACGCCGGGCGGUGAAUACAAGUUCAUCACGACCCUGCCAGAUCACCUGACAAAGUUCGUGCACCUGAGGCCUCUGAAGAACAAGGAGUCAGUGACGGUCGCACGAGAGCUGCUGCCGAUCUUCCUGGAGUUUGGUGCUUCGUCAGUUUUGCAAUCCGACAACGGUCGAGAAUUUGCAAACCAAGUUAUCAAUGCCCUAGAAGUGGCCUGGCCGGACCUCAAAAUCGUCCACGGCCAGCCCCGACAUUCCCGAAGCCAAAGUAGCGUCGAGCGCGCUAACCGUGAUGUCGAGGGCAUUGUGAAUGCUUCGAUGACGGACAACCACACCAUUGUUCAGAGGAAGUUCCUCGGCGUGGAGGACGUGCCAGACAAAUUUUUGAAACAAAAAAUUCCCAUUUAG